GACGAAAAUAAAUAAAAGGAGGGAGAAGGAAGCUGAGCUCUCCCGUACUACUAAGACCGACGUGGUGAGCUGUUCUUGUGCGCUCUGCUGCUGCCGCGGGUGGCCGGCUGGCUUAUUAAGGUUGAGGAGUUCUUGAUGAGUAGGUGAGGCCGGAGGAGGAGGAGCGAUUGGUUGGUUGGUUGGUUGAUUGGAGUUGUGAGAGGUUGUGUUGGCAAUGGCGCCGUCGUGGUGGGGGAGGAGUGGAGGAGGAGGAGUCGGCAAUGGGGGUGGCACGCCGGUGGUGGUGAAGAUGGAGAAUCCGAACUGGUCAAUCUCGGAGGUGGAGGCGGCGGAGGUGGCGCCGGGUUCGCCGGCGGGGGCGGGCAAGGCCGGGCGCGGCAAGAACGCGCGCCAGAUCACGUGGGUGCUGCUGCUCAAGGCGCACCGCGCCGCGGGGCGGCUCACGGGCGCCGCGUCCGCCGCGCUCGCCGUCGCGUCCGCGGCGAGGCGCAGGGUGGCGUCCGGGCGGACCGACGCCGACGCCGCGCCGGGGGAGAGCACGGCGCUGCGGGCGCGCUCCUACGGCUGCAUCCGGGUGUCCCUCGUCCUGUCUCUGCUGCUGCUCGCCGUCGAGGUCGCCGCCUACCUCCAGGGGUGGCACCUCGAGGAGGUGGCGUCGCUCCUCGCCGUCGACGGCCUCUUCGCCGCCUCCUACGCCGGGUGGAUGCGCCUCCGCCUCGACUACCUCGCGCCGCCGCUCCAGUUCCUCACCAACGCCUGCGUCGCCCUCUUCAUGGUCCAGAGCAUCGACCGCCUCGUCCUCUGCCUCGGCUGCUUCUGGAUCAGGUUCAAGGGCAUCAAGCCCGUGCCGCAGGCCGCCGCCGCCGGCAAGCCGGACGUCGAGGCUGGCGCCGGCGACUACCCCAUGGUGCUCGUCCAGAUGCCCAUGUGCAACGAGAGAGAGGUGUACCAGCAAUCCAUUGGGGCAGUUUGCAACCUGGACUGGCCAAAGUCAAACUUCUUGGUGCAGGUGUUGGACGAUUCUGAUGAUGCUACCACUUCUGCGCUGAUCAAGGAGGAGGUGGAGAAAUGGCAGCGGGAGGGCGUGCGCAUCAUAUACCGGCACCGGGUGAUCCGGGAUGGCUACAAGGCUGGAAACCUUAAAUCAGCCAUGAAUUGCAGUUAUGUGAAGGAUUAUGAGUUUGUUGUCAUAUUUGAUGCCGAUUUCCAACCACAAGCCGAUUUCCUGAAGCGAACCGUGCCACAUUUCAAGGGGAAGGAUGACGUUGGGUUGGUUCAGGCAAGAUGGUCUUUCGUAAACAAGGAUGAGAACCUGCUGACUAGACUACAGAACGUAAAUUUGUGCUUCCACUUUGAGGUGGAGCAGCAGGUGAAUGGUGCAUUCCUCAACUUCUUUGGAUUCAAUGGAACUGCCGGAGUUUGGAGAAUUAAGGCGCUUGAGGAUUCGGGGGGCUGGAUGGAGAGAACAACAGUGGAGGACAUGGAUAUUGCUGUCCGAGCACAUCUUAAGGGAUGGAAGUUUGUCUUCCUGAAUGAUGUUGAGUGUCAAUGUGAGUUGCCAGAAUCAUAUGAAGCGUACAGAAAGCAGCAACACAGGUGGCACUCAGGUCCCAUGCAAUUGUUCAGACUCUGCUUUGUGGACAUUAUAAAAUCUAAGAUUGGGUUCUGGAAGAAGUUCAACCUCAUAUUCCUUUUCUUCCUCCUCCGCAAGCUCAUCCUACCCUUCUAUUCAUUCACACUUUUCUGUGUCAUCCUUCCCAUGACAAUGUUUGUUCCUGAAGCUGAGCUCCCUGCCUGGGUUGUAUGCUACAUUCCAGCUACAAUGUCCAUCCUGAACAUCCUCCCAGCCCCAAAAUCUUUCCCAUUCAUUGUCCCAUACCUUCUUUUCGAGAACACUAUGUCCGUAACCAAGUUCAAUGCCAUGAUUUCUGGAUUGUUCCAGCUCGGGAGUGCCUAUGAGUGGGUUGUCACCAAGAAAUCAGGUCGUUCUUCGGAGGGCGAUCUUGUUGGGCUAGUUGAGAAACACUCCAAGCAGCAAAGAGUAGGAUCUGCUCCCAAUCUUGACGCGCUAACAAAGGAGGAGUCGAAUCCUAAAAAGGACUCCAAGAAGAAGAAGCACAAUAGGAUCUACAGGAAGGAACUGGCACUUUCCUUCCUCUUGUUAACGGCAGCAGCUCGCAGUUUGCUAUCUGCUCAGGGAAUCCAUUUCUACUUUCUUCUGUUCCAAGGGGUCUCAUUCUUGGUUGUUGGUCUCGACCUAAUUGGUGAGCAAGUGGAGUGAUAGAAGAUGAAGAGUUUAAUGGGGUUCUUUUUUGUUUGAAAGAAAACACUUUGCAAGCAUCAAAGGGCUCUUUGUAAAGGGAAGAGUGAUGCAAAUGUUCGAUGCUUACACAUGGAAGCUUUGAUCCCUAUUCUAGGGGUCAAGAUUCAUCACAUAUACUGAACUGUGGAGAUGUAGAUAGAUAUAGUUUGGAUUAAGCCUGUGGGAUGCUUUUAUUCCUUCAGGCAAUUCUUUUGUAAGAAUCUUUUGUGCCUAGAUGGGUUCUUCUUCUCUCUUAACAAACUUUACCUUCAAAUGAAGAUAAUACAUGUUUCUACCAUGUACUUUGAUCGAUUACCUUGGGUAUCCAUAUACAUGUCAGAUUGUCCUUUUUUUUCAUCCAGUAUAUAGAAUUAAUCACUUGUUCA